CCUGUUCAUCUGGGAACGGACUGGGAGACGCCAGCCUUCUAUCUCCAAGCGCUCCGGUCGCCCGGCAAGACCAACCGUGCAGCACUAGCAUCCAGCCUCGCCAGAUUCAAGUCAAGGACCAUCAUGUGGUGCAGAGGAAGUUCAAGAGUCGCCAAAGUGCCGGGUACGGUAUCCGGUCAUCUCUGCGCGUGCUCCCGCCUACCAAAUGUCCAGGGGCACAUGGUGACCAUAUACGAAGAGCAAAACCCGACUCUACGUCCCGAAAUGACCGUGCCCUCUCAGGGUUUCGGCCCCAAGGCGUCAGGUCCUCAAUCAAAGAUGGGGCCGACUAGGGAAAAGAAAUGUCGGCAUAGACAUGGCAGGGUGAAGAUGUGCGCGACUGGUGGGACCGCGCCGUUGGUCAAUGGGCGUCUCAGGUACACAGCGAUACUUGGAAAACGGUUCCAGAUCUGA